AUGGCCAAGUAUCGCCGAGAUGUGAUGUCAAAACGACUGGUGAUGGAAUACGUAAGAGAGCUCAACCCAAAAAUUGAUCUAGUAAAAAAGUCCACCAAGAAUGGAAUUAUUUCCUACGAAGGAUUCUUCACGAGUCCUCAUGCAACACUUUUCCCCGAUCACAUGCCUGGCAAUGUAGGGAGAGCUCAUUUCAAAGCCUGGCUACCUGAUAAGCCAAGUCCAGUAUGCAUCCAUCUUGCAGGAACUGGGGAUCAUUCGUAUUUUAGAAGGCAAUAUCUUCUCGUAGACGAUAUGCUCAAAGUUGGAGUUGGCUCAAUUUUAAUACAAAAUCCAUUCUAUGGUGAUCGAAAACCGCCAAACCAAUUUCGCUCAUCUCUGGAAAAUGUGACUGAUCUGUUUGUGAUGGGUGCAUCUCUGAUAGCUGAAUGCAAUCAUCUUUUCAAUUGGGCUGAAACUCUUGGCUAUGGACCAUUCGCAAUAUCGGGUGUAUCAAUGGGUGGUUUCAUGGCGCAGCUGGCUGGAUCCAAUUCACAACGACCCAUUUCCAUCAUUCCGAUUCUCUCUUGGACUACUGCGUCACCAUCUUAUACGGAAGGUGCAAUUGCACCUGCUGUUAACUACAAGUUACUACAGAAGCAAUUGGAAGAUCCAAACUACACAGACAAGAUAAAAAAUAUUCCAAAUCAAAACUGGCUGGACACUAUGCAUGAGAUGACAGCGAAGAAUGGAGAUACGAUGGCCAAGAAUAUGAUGCGUAUUCUGAUGGAUGACUUCACAAGUCUUGAAAACUAUCCAACUCCAAUUGACACCUCACUUUGCCACGUAUUUCUUGCUGAUCAGGAUCAGUACGUACUCAGAAAUCAGGGAACACCGACUUAUGAGCAAUUGUGGCCAAAUGUUACAGUUGAAAUGAUGGAAGGAUAUGGGCAUGUAACAGCAUAUUUCAUGAGACAUGGCAUUUGGAGAAAGAGAAUCUAUCAACUCCUACGAACACAACAGCAGAGAGAAGCAGCGAAGAUAUACCGAUAG